AUGGAUGGCGGUGCCGUCCCCGACACCGGGUCCGGCCAGGCGCACGCUGCACCCGUCGCGAAGAAGCCAAGGAAGAGCCGCAGCCGCGGGCUCAGGACUCGGAAUGGAUGGAAGCGGCACAAGAAGUGCGACGAGCAGGCACCGAUCUGCGGCCCGUGCCAGUUUGGAAGCCGUACCUGCGUCUAUGCGCCUGACCAGCCCUCCUCACAUCAGGUCCGCACCGAGACGGCGGUGCGUCUGCCGCCCAUCUCUAGCGUGACCCAGCCGCACGAGGGCCGCUCUCCCUUGCCCAUCGCCGAGACCUCGUUCCUCGGCGACCCGCUGUCACCCGAUCGUUUCACCACCGACACUGUCCCGGCCCCGCCUGGAGAGCAGCUCCGGCAGCGGCAGAGCGCCGAGACCCACCCGGCCCCGAGCUUCCUCCUCGACCCGGUCGGCGCCGUCGGCCCGGUCGCGCACUUCCCACAUGUCGCCGCCGAGAGCCAGGCUUCGACUUUCGGUUACUCGCCGGACACCGGCUCCAUAACGUCGGACCAGCUGUCUACCAACCGGGCGUCUACCAAGUGGCUCGAUCUGCUCGCGCAGGAUGCGGCACUGGCUGACACGACGUUCUCUCUUGCACCCACCCCUCACCCCCGUCACAGCCCCGAACGAGAACUAGGCGAUGGUGUCGAUCGCACGCGUGCAGCCCUAGAAGGCUCUAGUGAAGCACUGAGGUCCCAGUACGCCUGGCAGGAAGCUCAGGACAUUGUGCUACUCCCGCAUGAACGGACGCUAUUUCACAGCUUUGUCGACAAGGCGGCGUCAUGGCUGGAUAUCUUGGAUCGAGAAAGACACUUUGCAACUUAUGUGAUACGACUAGCGCUACGGAACCUGGGCUUGAUGAAAGCCAUCCUCGCUGUCAGCGCCCGACACGCAGCCGCCCAGGAAGAUGUCGACAGCGGAGAUCUGCCACGAAGGGACUCGUCGAAGGGAAACCUUGCGAUACAGUACUACUACGAGACAUUGCAUUACCUGCAGACUGCUCUGCAGUACUCGUCCUACACCUUCUCCGAGGAGAUCCUCGCAACAGCCAUCAUCAUCUCAACCUAUGAGAUGCUGGACGAAUCUGCCUCCAACUGGAGACGUCACCUCAAGGGCGUCUUCUGGAUCCAGCGCAGUCAAGAUGUCAACGGAGCUAGCGGUGGCCUCCGCCAGGCCGUAUGGUGGGCUUGGCUGCGACAGGAUAUCUGGGCUGCCCUGCGUGAGAAGAGGAGGUGCUUCAGUUUCUGGGCCCCUGUCAAGGAUUUCCCUGAGCUGCAACAACACGAAAUCGCGUGUUACUCGGUCUACCUCCUCAGCCAGGCUGUGAACUUUGCGGCGAUGGCGCAGGCGGACCAGGACCAGGAGCGAAUGCGUGACAACGGAGGACGCCUGACGGACGACCAACUACGAAGGAAGGGUGACGAACUACUUGCGAUGUUUGAUAGGUGGGAGUCUUGUCUUGGGCCGCAGUUUAGGCCUUUGCCAGCCCCAGAGCUCGCGUCCACCAACGUCGAACAGGCCCGCUUCCAGCCAAUCUGGAUACACCCGCCAGACUUCGCAAUCGCAACCAUGAUCUAUAGCUUCGCCAAGAUUCUAGUCACCCUUCUGCGGCCUGCUGAUCCUGGAUUCGGUCGAUAUGCGAAGAUGCGGAAAACCCUUUCGGCUGCCGUAGACACAAUAUGCGGGAUCACGAUCACGCUGAGGGAGCCAGGCUCGCAGGUCAUAGCUGCACGUUGCCUGUUCGGAGCGAUGGCAAUUGUGGUUGUACACAUAUCUGGUAUUACGAAUUAUGAACUCUGCGCUGCUUUUGCCGCGGAUUUGUUUUCGUACUCGUGGAUGGCCCUGACCUUUUCUGCAGAGGCCGAAGUCUGUGCCGCGGUCGAAUUCAUAGCCCAGCCACUCCUUCACCAACCUCCGCGCCAGCUCGACGCCGACAACGCGCUGGCCCAGGCAGAGGACCUGAGCGUCGUUGCUCUUGAUCGCCCUCUCCACGCUGAAGCUGUCGUGCGCGGUCACGGCGCGGAUGCCGGGGACCUUGUUGGCGCUGAUCGCGACGCCGAGCCCGGUGCCGCAGAUCAGGAUCGCGCGGUCGGCCUCCCCCCUCGCGACGAGCUCGGCCGCGGCGAUGGCCAGGUGCGGGUAGGGCGUCUUGUCGCUCGCCGAGGCCGGGCCGACGUCGACGACUUUGGCGACCCGCGGGUCCGCGCCCAGGUCCUUGAUGAUGGUGGCCUUGUAGUCGAAGCCGGCGUCGUCGCCGCCGAUGGCGAUGCGGUAGGUCUUUUCUGCGCCGACGGAGCCCAUCUGUCCGGAAAGCUUUACGCCCUGCAGACCGAUGCCGACGCACAUGCAAUGGAUGUGGUGUCGCUGGGUCUAUCCAGUGCGGCUCGGGGCUUGCUGGGAUGGAGUCUCGCGCGGUUAGGGGCAAUGCCCCGUGCCGGGCCUGGCAGGACACCCUCCCCGCGUCGAGGCAUUGCACGCAUAACCUGCCCCGGAAACAAUCCAUGUUCGGUCACCAGACGAUCGUACGACCCCCGGGAGAACCCCGGUCUGGCUGGUGGGGAGGUGAUCGUCGUUGACGGCAAUAGUGACUAUCAGACAGACGACACGAUGACCUGGCAACAAGAGAACAAGACGUAUCAGAUCCUCAAGGCGGCCGAGGAAGGCAAAUAUGGCGUGGUCGCUGCUAUUGCAUACAAUAUUGAGCAUGUAGUCGCCUUCAUCCGCUCCGCCGAGAAGAAGCGCUCGCCCUUCAUCAUCCAGUUCUUCCCCUGGGCCAUCACCGCGACCGACGGCCUGCUCGUGCACGCCGCGGCGCACGCCGCCCGCAACGCCUCCGUCCCCGUCGCGAUCCACCUCGACCACGCGCAGGACGAGGCGAUGAUCCGGAUGGCGGCCGACAGGCUGCCCUUCGACUCCAUCAUGGUCGACAUGUCGCACUACGAGAUGGCGGAGAACCUGGCCAAGACGCGCGAGCUGGUCGAGUACUGCCACGCGCGCCGGGUCACGACCGAGGCCGAGCCGGGCCGCAUCGAGGGCGGCGAGGACGGCAUCGCCGACACGGCCGACCUGGAGGGCGCCCUGACGACGCCCGAGCAGGUCGAGGACUUUGUCGCCACGGGCAUCGACUUCCUCGCCCCGGCCUUUGGCAACGUCCACGGCGAGUACGGCGCCCGGGGCCCCGUGCUCGAGUACGACAGGCUGGAGCGCAUCGCAAGGGAGGUCGCCGGCCGCGUGCGGGUGGUGCUGCACGGGACCAACGACUUCCCCGAGGACGUGAUGAAGAGGUGCAUCGCGCACGGCGUGAGCAAGGUCAACGUCAACAAGCUCGUGCUGGAUGACUACCUCGUGUUCCAGAAGGAGAAGGCGCCCAAGCUGCCCCUGACGACCGCCCUGGAGCAGGGUAUCGAGGAGACGCAGAGGUUAGUGGAGUGGCAGAUGGAUGUCUGUGGCUCGACUGGCAAGGCGUGA